UCCUUUAGUUUCAGUAUCAUCUCUUUUGUCAAACAAGCAACAACUGUUUUUAAGCUUGAUCAUCAGCAUGGCUCGUUUCUUUUGUUUCUCUCUUCUAAUUUUACUGGUUCCUUUAACUUCAGCAUUUUACAUUAAUGCUAAGAAUUCUUUCAUCCUCACGAGUGAAAAUUUUACUCAAGCAACAACUGAACAUGAUUAUUUUGUACUUUUCAUUGAAGAUCCAGAGAGUCACAAUAAAUUCUUAGAAUUAUGGGAUGAAGUCGGUCAAGUGUCACAGGCUGAUGAUACAAGCAAGCAUUUAAAAUUUGGAAUAGUUGACUGCCACAAAGAAGAGGUUUUAUGUCAAGUAAAUCAAAUUAAAAACAAGAUCCAGCUUAAAUUUUUCGGUAGUCAUAACAACUGGAAAUCGGUAACUUCUUUUCUCGAUUCAACAAUUGCUGAUGUCUUGAGAGAAGAUGAAUUGAUUCAGAAAUUUGAUCAACCUGGUGCUAAAAUGUUUGUUCUUUUUAAGGUGAUUUAUUGUCCAUAUUGCAAAGAAACGAUGGAGGAAUGGGUAACAGUGAUGGAUCAUUUCAAGAACAAUCCAAAUAUUUAUGUAGCUUCAAUCGAUUGUACACGUCAUCGAAAACAUUGUGAUCGAUUUGAUGCAUUGAGAUAUCCAAGAAUGCGCUUCAUCUAUAAUCCACCAAGUAGCAGUCAAAAAGUUGACAAGUAUGAAGGAGACAGAAGUGCAGCUGAUAUGAUUGAAUUUGCUCAAUUGUCAAUUAAAAGAUAUGAAUAAAAAUUAUUGUCGAUGAUUG